AUGCAGCCAAUCAGAGACCCCAGAUUGCUGAGCUCCAGGGGAGAACGGUCGCUGGCUGGGCAGGUCUGCGAAAUGCUCAUCGAGAACCGAGAAAAGGAUGGGAUGAGCAAUGUUCUCAAAUGGAAGAGUGAACGUGCCUUGUUCGGGCGAUACCCUGUCUCCCGUGUCCAAGUUGCUGGCAUCAAUGCACCCGAACGCUUCGCGCAGCGCCAGUUCCACAGCAGAGCGGACACUCUUUGUGAACCUCGUGCUUCAUUCACUCGACAAGCCGUAGAUGCACGCAGCUAUGCUGCGCCAGCGUCCUUGACCACGCUGACCAAAUACGCCCACUGCGGCACCUCGGACGCCUUCCGAGUCAAUGUCAGCCGGGCCUUUGUCAGCCUGGCGUUGCGUGUGGCUUUGUUGCCCAGAACCACGGCCACAACAUACCAGCACUGUUCUGGCGGGUGGGACACGGAAUCCGCACUGCAUGCGCGAGAUCGACGUGCUAAUAAAUCCACCGGCGCAACGUCGCGAGCUUGCGACACUGGCUGCGCCAUUUCCUCGCACGGGCAUCGUACGCGCUCAGCCUCGUCCCCCACCUGGGGACCCGUGUGCUGCGCAGGCGUGGCCGUCUGGGGCUCCUCAUCUACCACGGGAACGGCGACUUGCUGGCGGGCGGUGGGGGGCCAGCGCAUCCAGCAGACAGAGGAAGAGCUCGAGCGCGGUUGGGUUUCUCGGGCUUCGGCACGACAGGAUCUCGGCGACGGGUUUCUUCUUGGCGACGACGACCAGGUCUUGGAGGUCGGUUCACGUGUCCGGUCCAGGAGCGCGUCGUGCCAGUCGCGCCAGUCGCCCGGUUUGGAGAGGAUAACCAUAACCCAGGCCUUUUUGCUGGCGGUCUCGUGGCAGUGUGUUGUCUUCGCGCGGCUGCCGGCUGCAACCGCAGAAAUUGACCCCCGGCAUCAUUGGGUGAAGAGGCGAGAUCUGCAGCUUAAGCGCGCCCAAGCGCGGUAG